AUGGCGAUGGUGAUAUCACAAACGACUAAAGCAGCAAUUGGAGGGUUCCUGGCACUCAUGAUUCUUGGUGCUGUACUAGUAGUGGGCGCAGCCUUUGGUUGGUUCGACCCGAGGAGAGAAGAUGAGGAUACCCCAGCCAAAAUUAGUGCCAGACUCCAGGGACGGACCUCUUUUGUCACUCAUCGAGCUGUAAAUCCCGACGAAAAUCGAUUACCUCUCGUGUCGCACUCGUCUCCAUUCUUAAACGGUGACAAGGGGGAGAACGGAGACGCUGUACCUAUCGGCCAGUGCAAAUGCAGCAUUAAUGACAUCUCACAAUUAAUAGAAACGAUGCCAGAUUUAAAAGGUCCACCUGGACCUCAAGGACCAACUGGAGCUGACGGGACAACAGGUGCUCCAGGGAAAACGGGACAAAUGGGAGACCCCGGCCCUCCUGGUCCACUCGGGCCCAAAGGAGAUAGAGGCGAGAGAGGUGACACUGGUGCAUCAGGGCCCGAGGGCCAACCUGGACCUAAAGGAGAACCUGGACUUGAUGGUAUUCAGGGAUUACAAGGGCCACCUGGUCCACCAGGCCCGCCUGGACCAAUGUCUUCAGCACUCAUGGAAUCAACAGGAUUAUACGGGUCUGGUAAUCCUGGAAUUGCCGGUCCUCAGGGCGAAAGAGGCCCUAUGGGUUUACCCGGCCCUCAAGGAGAGAGGGGAUACCCUGGAAAUAAGGGAGAAAGGGGAUUACAUGGGCCAAAAGGAGACAAAGGCGAUCGUGGUUACGUGGGUCCAAGGGGUCCACAUGGCGCUAAAGGGGAGCGGGGCCAACCCGGUCGCGACGGCACGCCCGGCCUGCCAGGCUCUCACGGACGUCCAGCAGAAAAGGGCGAAAAAGGUGCUCGAGGACUUCCAGGACCACCAGGACCUAAUGUGCCAGUUAUAUCUGACAAUUCUGUGAUGAGUGACAUAGCACGUACAGACGUAUCGCCCACCACGAGGGGGGUGAAAGGAGAGAGGGGUGAAAGAGGUGAAAAGGGUGAAAAAGGCUUAAGAGGAAUGGAAGGCGCACAAGGAUUUCCAGGGAAUGAUGGAAAGAUGGGUGAGCGCGGCGAUAUCGGACCGUCAGGUCUGCCCGGCACUCAGGGCCCGCCCGGGUCUAAUGGUCCGAAAGGGGAGAAGGGUGAUGCGGGACCGCCGGGACCUGUUGCAAUUUCUCGAGACGAAGCCUUAGUAAUGACGAAGGGUGAAAAAGGCGAGUCUGGCCCACGUGGCAAGAGAGGUCACCCAGGACCACCCGGACCAAGAGGCCCACCAGGACUUCCUGGUCCCCCGGGAACACCUGGUACAAAUGGUCCUUCGGGGGAUAUUGGAUUACCUGGAUGGACGGGACCGCCCGGUAUCGCCGGGCAGCCUGGCCCGCCCGGUCAAAAAGGUGAAAAAGGCGAUCCUGGAUUAAAUCAGAACGACCUAGACAAGAUAAAAGGUGAUAAAGGCGAUCGGGGAUUUGACGGUGUGCCGGGAGUGCCCGGGAAAGAUGGACCUAGGGGCCCCCCGGGCCCGGCGGCAGCCCCCGCCGGUAAUGUGAAAUAUGUUCCGGUGCCCGGACCACCAGGACCUCCAGGUCCGCCGGGGGUCCCUGGAAGGCCUUACGCUAACGAAGUUUCACCCGAUACACUGACUGAUAGUCCAGGGAUUAAUCGCCGUGAGCCUGGUGCAGGUAAACAACGAGAUGCUUUACACAUCUUGAGAAGUUUGAACCACUUGGUACAAUACCGUCAAGAGCCUUAUGAUUUUCGAGACCCUUUGGAUCCUGUGGGCGAAAAUUCAGAUUUUGAUGAAGAUGAAGAUGGUAGAACUAUAGUUGGUACUAUUAUUUUCAAGACUACAGACUCCUUACUAAGAUUAGGAACAAAUAGCCCGCUUGGCACUUUGGCGUAUGUGAUACAGGAGCAGGCACUUCUCGGUCGUGUUAACAACGGCUGGCAGUAUGUCGCGAUGGGUUCGUUAUUGGCUAUACAUACUCCACCUGCGAAUACACCAACACGUACACCAUUGCAGAACAUUCUGGAAACUUCCAGUUUGGUUCAUCACAAAAACCCAGCAGUAGACGGCCCUGUGCUUCGACUGGCAGCUCUCAAUGAACCUCACACUGGCGAUAUGCACGGGGUCAGCAGCACAAACUACGAGUGUCGCAGACAGGCUCAGAGAGCUAACUUAGAUGGCACUUUCCGUGCCUUUAUAUCCUCGAGGGUUCAAACGAUAGACUCAAUUGUCAGUUGGGUGGACCGAGAAAUACCAGUAGUGAACACACGUGGCGAUGUUCUCUUCAACUCUUGGGGAGAGAUGUUUGAUGGAUCGGGAGCUUUAUUCGCUCAUGCUCCAAGAAUUUACAGCUUUAGUGGACAAAACGUACUCAUGGAUUCUGGCUGGCCUACUAAAGCCGUUUGGCAUGGAACUAGUCCAAACGGCGAGCCAGCGAUGGACGCAUAUUGUGACGCAUGGCACAGUAGUGCACCGGACAAGUUCGGUUUAGCAUCGUCACUACGCUCAAACAAAUUAUUAGAUCAAGAAACGUAUUCAUGCAGCAGUAGACUGAUAGUACUAUGCAUCGAAGCUACACCAGUAGAUACAGUUAGAAGAAAAAAACGAUCAAAGUUUCGCCAAGAGAGGCUACAUUACUUAAAAGAUAUUGAGGAACGACAAAACGAGACGAGAUUAAAGUUAUAGACAUUGAAUGCCUAGUAUUUUUAAAUAAGAAAAAAAUGUGAAGACUGUAAAUAAUAUAGAUAUUACUGAUGUUUCUUGAAGCAAUGAUUCCAGUGGAACAUAUUGACAAUAUAUUUCAUAACGAUUAAUAGCAUCUACGAUUUCAGAAGGGUUAAGGGGCUUUCCAUGAAUUACGUCACAUGUUGAACAAAACAAUAAACUACAAAGGGGGGUCGACCAAGUGUUAUAUUGUAUGUAUCAAGGAUGUUAAGGAGCUCCGUAAC